UUUUGGCAGACCAGCUUUCCAUCACCCAGUACCAAGUCCCAGAAGAAGAGCAAGGGAGCAACUCCACCAAGUGUCUGCUCAGGACGCAGCUUCAGUUCUUUGUAGUCCCCAGUCUCCCAAGGGCUCCGGGACCUUUGGAAUUCUUGUUACUUCCAUUCAAGGGCCUACAAGGACCUAACGAGGUCCUUGGGAUCCUCCUGAGACCCACCUGACCAUGACCCGGGAUGAGGACCUCCCUGACUCCCAUUCUGCACAGGGCUUCUAUGAGAACUAUGAGCCCAAGGAGAUCCUGGGCAGGGGAGUCAGCAGCGUGGUCAGGCGCUGUAUCCAUAAACCUACGUGCCAGGAAUACGCGGUAAAAAUCAUCGACAUCACCGGCGGAGGCAACUUCAGCGCUGAGGAGAUACAGGAGCUUCGGGAAGCUACACUCAAGGAGGUGGACAUCCUGCAGAAGGUCUCAGGAUACCCGAACAUCAUACAGCUGAAGGACACUUACGAGACCAACACUUUCUUCUUCUUGGUAUUUGAUCUGAUGAAGAGAGGGGAACUCUUUGACUACCUCACUGAGAAGGUCACCUUGACUGAGAAGGAGACCAGAAAGAUCAUGCGGGCCCUGCUGGAGGUGAUCAGCACCUUGCACAGACUCAACAUUGUCCAUCGGGACCUGAAGCCGGAGAAUAUCCUUCUGGAUGAUGACAUGAACAUCAAGCUCACAGACUUUGGGUUUUCCUGCCAGCUGCAGCCAGGAGAAAAGCUCCGAGAGGUCUGUGGGACUCCCAGUUAUCUGGCCCCUGAAAUCAUCCAGUGCUCCAUGGACGACAGUCACCCUGGCUAUGGGAAAGAGGUGGACAUGUGGAGCACUGGGGUCAUCAUGUACACCCUGUUGGCCGGCUCCCCACCCUUCUGGCACCGGAAGCAGAUGCUGAUGUUGAGGAUGAUUAUGGAUGGCCAAUACCAGUUUGGCUCGCCAGAGUGGGAUGACUACUCAGACACGGUGAAAGACUUGGUGUCUCGCUUCUUGGUGGUGAAACCCCAGGACCGCUGCUCGGCAGAGGAGGCCCUGGCGCACCCUUUCUUCCAGCAGUACCAGGUGGAAGAAGUGCGACACUUCAGCCCCCGAGGGAAGUUCAAGGUGAUCUGCCUAACUGUGCUGGCGUCGGUAAGGAUCUACUACCAGUACCGUCGGGCGAAGCCGGUGACCCGGGAGAUCGUGAUCCGAGACCCCUACGCGCUGCGGCCUCUGCGGAGGCUCAUCGACGCCUACGCUUUCCGCAUCUACGGCCACUGGGUGAAGAAAGGGCAACAGCAGAACAGGGCUGCCCUGUUCGAGAACACACCCAAGGCAGUGCUCCUCUCCUUGGCUGAGGAGGAGGACUUCUGACAGGCUGUGGGGCACGGGGUGGGGGCGGGGGGUGCAAGCAGAGAGGCACAACCCCAGAACUGUGAGGAGGCCUCCAGCAGGUCUCCGCGUAGGAGCAGGUGGCCCUACUCUGAGCUCACCCUAGAUGCGCAUAGUGUUCCCAUCAAACAGCAGCAAUCACAGCUGGGACGGGGUGUGCAGCGCGUGCCUGUUGUCCCGAGACCGUAGGAAUUCCAGGUUCUAGGCCAGCCUGGGCAGCUUAGGGAUUACUUGAAAAUAAAAAAUAGGGGUGGGGAUGUAACUCAGUGGUGAGCGUGAGGCCCCAAGUUCAACCCCUGGCAUGGCAAAAACGGAUAAAUAAAUCAAUCCAAAGCAGCUAAGCUGUAUUGGAGCUUUAAGCCUUCUGGCUCCUCUACUGUGCACCUUAGUCAAUGUCUCUGUUUUUUGUUUGUUUGUUUUAAGAUUUAUGUAUUUAUAUGCGUGUUUUGUACGCGUAUUAUGUACAGCACAUGGGCGCACUAUCUGAGGAGCUCAGAAAAGGGCGUGGACACUGGAGUUAUGGCUAGUUGGGAACCACAAUGUGGGUAGCAGGAGGAACUGAACCCUUCCUCUGCCAGAACAAGUGUUCCUAACUGCAAAGCCGUAUCUCCAGCCCGACUCACUUUAUGGGCCCACGGUAAUUGACAAUUGAGGAAGUACCAGUAGGGUGAUCAGUAGUUCAAGGUCAUUUUUGGCUACACAAGGAGUUUGAGUCUAGUCUGAGCUACGUGAAACCCUGUCGCAAAACAAUUUUAAAAAAUUGGGCUUGCUGAUAUACAUAAAUGAAGAGUUUAUUGACCUAAAGAGAUCCAGUUCUUCUUCAGGGACAUGUUUAGUGCUCAGAGAAGUUUCUGGCAUUUGUCUUCCUAGAGGAGUACUGACUUUGUUACUCCCACAACGCACAGCUUCACCUGGUAAAUUAUUUGCUCUACCAAAGUGUUCUAACACGGGGCCCUGUGUACAGUCCCAGCACGGAGGAAGCCGAGGUAAGAGGACUGAGGGCUUGAGACCAGCCGUGCUACAGGGUGAAUACCGUGCUUCGAAUGACACAGGGAGGUUAGGUUUCUUCAGAAGCGCGUCAGGCACCAGGUCAUGAAGGAAGUGUUUUUCCUUCUACAGACCUUCUCAGGAAGAGUCAAAGUUGAAUCAGAUAGGGAGGAAGCAAAAGGGAAAGAUUUAAAACCACUGUCUUUUGGAGGAUUGCUCUACAUGUUAAUGUGGUUAACGUGUUUGAUUCCUUUGUCCUUUAGACUGGGAUUCAGAGAAGCACCAGCUCCCAGCCUUGGCCAUCCAGGCCCUCCUCUUCCAGGCUACCAUAGUCUCCUCUUAAGGUUGAGUGUUCUGCCCUUAGGAGGUGUUGGUCCGAGGGAAGGGGCUCAAAGGGAGGCCAUCCCCAAGACUGACGAAGAAGGUGGUAUCCAGCUGCUUCAGGAACAUGGUCAGGGAGACACAGUACUGAGGAUGGGGCAGUUUUCUCCAUCUCUGCCUGGGUGCUCACAGAUCCUGCUUCAGUCGGCCUGUACUGGAAGCACAGCGGAAGCCUAGGUUGUCUGAGGCUGAAUCUGGAGUGUUGCCCAUCCUGUAGGACAGCAGGAAGAGAACGGACAUACUGUUGGGGUCUGCUGUGAAAAGAGCUGCUGUAGUGGUCUGAAUGAGAAUGGCUUCCAUAGAGAAUGGCCAUAGAUAUUGAAUGCUUAGUCACCAGGAACUGUUUGGGAAGGAUUAAAAGAACUGGGAGGUGUGGCCUUGUUGGAGGAAGUAUGUUACUAGGGAUUGACUUUGAGGUUUCAAAAACCCACUACAGACCCAGGCAUGGUGGUGUACAUGUAAUCCCAGCACUCAGGAAGACAGAAGCAGGUGGAUCUCUGUGAGUUUGAAGCCAGCCUGGUCUUCAAAGUGAGUCCAGGACAGCCAAGGCUACACAGAGAAACCCUGUCUCGAAAAACAACAAAUAAACAAACUAAAAAACCUACAACAGGGUUUGGUCCUCAGUUCUGGAAAACAAAACAAAACAAAC